GACAGGGGGCGGAUUAGGGGCUGUCCGAAUAACUUGUCUGUUGAAUGUUAAGCGAAGUAAACCUUGUCAUCUCGUUUGUUGCUUUGGUUGGUUCUUAUUGUUGUCCUAGCACCUGCUUUUACAUUAGAAACACAAUGAAUCCCGAUCUGCAAAGGGAGCGUGAGACAGCCUGUUUUAAUCCAGAGUUAAUCACUAACCUACUGGAUGGAUCUACGGAGAGAACUCGCCGUCGCCGUGAAGUCGAGGCCUUGGCUUUGAAUGACCCCGAACUUGCACAUGAAGACUUGAACUUCCUAUCUCGUAGUGAGCGGUAUGAAGUAGCUUUACGGAAAAGUGCCUUAUUGUUUCAGAAGUUAAAGGAACAUGGUAUUUCGGAUCCAGAUGAAAUUUACCAGUUUAAGAGAGUAUGUUCAUACAACAAACCGGAACCCCUCGCUCUCCAUUACGGCAUGUUUACUCCUACUUUGCGUGGCCAGUGCAGUCCCACUCAGUUGAAGAAAUGGCUGCCCCUUGCCAGUGAACUGCAGAUGAUUGGCACCUAUGCCCAGACUGAACUGGGGCACGGAACACACAUACGUGCUUUGGAGACAACUGCCACUUAUGAUCCCUCAACACAAGAAUUUGUCCUGAACAGUCCGACUGUGACAUCUAUCAAAUGGUGGCCAGGAGGACUUGGGAAGACUUCAAACCAUGCCAUUGUGUUGGCCCAGUUGUACACUCAGGGACAGUGCCGAGGGCUUCAUGCUUUUAUUGUGCCAAUCCGCGAAUUGGGAACCCACAAACCUUUGCCAGGUAUUGAAGUGGGUGACAUAGGACCAAAGUUCGGCUAUGACGAAGUAGAUAAUGGAUUUCUGAAAAUGGACAAUGUUCGUAUUCCCCGUGACAACAUGCUGAUGAAGUUUGCACAGGUUGAGCCAGAUGGUACAUAUGUGAAGCCUCCCAGUGACAAGCUGACAUACGGGACCAUGGUGUUCAUUCGCUCUAUGAUUGUAGGAGACUCCGCACAAAUGCUGUCCAAGGCCUGCACCAUUGCAGUUCGAUAUAGUGCUGUUAGACAUCAGUCAGAGCUUCGAAUAGGGGAGCCUGAGCCUCAGAUUCUGGAUUACCAGACACAGCAGUACAAGCUUUUCCCCCUGCUUGCGACAGCAUAUGCAUUCCAUUUUGUUGGACAAUACAUGAAGCAGACCUACCUCCGUAUCACUGGUGACAUAAAUCUUGGAGAUUUCAGCGAGCUGCCAGAGCUGCAUGCCCAGUCUGCUGGUCUGAAGGCAUUCACUACCUGGAUAGCUACUGCAGGAAUCGAGGAGUGCAGAAUGGCAUGUGGAGGACAUGGCUACUCUCGCAGCAGUGGGCUUCCUGAUAUCUAUGUUACUUUCACACCCACCUGUACAUAUGAGGGGGAAAACACUGUCAUGAUGCUUCAGACAGCCAGGUUUCUGGUUAAGAGUUACAGUCAGGCCAGCUCAGGACAGCGUGUUGCUGGGAUGGUUUCCUACCUAAAUGACUACUCCUCACGUCAAAUCCAGCCUCAUCCAGUAGCUGCUCGACCCACAGUGGUGGAUAUCAAUGACCUUUCAAGUCUUGUGGAAGCAUACAAAUUAAGGGCAGCAAGAUUGGUGGAGGCUGCAGCGAAGAAUCUGCAAGCAGAGCUGCAGCGAAGGAAGAAUAAGGAUGAUGCAUGGAACAACACGUCUGUUGAUCUGGUUCGAGCUUCUGAUGCACACUGUCACUAUGUUGUUGUGAAACUUUUCUCAGCCAAACUCUCUGAAGUUACAGACACUGCAGUCCACAGCAUUCUCAGCACUCUUGCCCUCAUGUAUGCACUUCAUGGAAUCAGCAAGAAUACUGGGGACUUCUUGCAGGCAGGAGUACUUACAGAACCACAGAUUACCCAAGUAAACCAGCGAGUGAAGGAGCUCUUAGCUGUUAUUCGCCCUGAAGCAGUGGCACUGGUUGAUGCAUUUGAUUUCAAAGAUCAGAAUCUGAAUUCUGUACUUGGCCGAUAUGAUGGAAAUGUGUACGAAACCAUGUUUGAGUGGGCAAAGAAGUCACCUCUAAAUAAAACACAGGUUCAUGAAUCUUACUACAAAUAUCUGAAGCCACUACAGUCCAAGUUGUGAAGAUCUUAAUCAUGUUCCUUUCUGGAUAACACCUUUGCAUACCUUCUCUUAGCACCUGCUUGCAAAAUGUCUAAUUCCAAGUUUAUCUAGAUUUUAACAAGAGAAUGUGAAAUCUACUUUUAUAUUACAAGGUUUUGAUCAUGCUGUUAGAUUUUAUAGUUUGUGGUUCCCCAUGUCUGUAGUAAUGCAGUGUCAUAGAGCAGCAAUGUUUUUAUGGUCAUACUGCCCAUGAAUUGUUUUCUAAUAAUUCUCAGCCAGUUCUUUAGUUCAUUUUCAGUUAUAUUCUCUUACAGGCAUGGUAUCGCCAUUAAAUUUUUAAUAUUCUGAGCUUAUUUCCCCAGCAUGUCUGAGACUGCAUGCUGUGCUCUCCUGAACUACUGUGCUGUGUACAUAUUUCCAUGUGUCAUACAGCUCAUGCGUAUGUAGGCAUACUAUGUACUGCAGAGUGUCUUCCCGGCACUUUGCUAAGCUGUGCUGAUUUGUGCCCCCAGUGAACCAGUAUGUGUUUCUGGAAUGCACUUCUUCAUUCCAGUCUGCUUUGGCCUGCUGUACAUGUGCCCUACUGGAGUAUAUUGUACCCUUCUCAUUCCCUGGAAUUAGGCAUUCUUUCUUACAGACAGUGACACCAUGGUCUAUGAGAUCAUUACUUGGGAAUCGGGAUCCAGUAUCCAUAGUGGCCAGCACUGCACAAAGAGCUUUGCUCGCAAAGCACUUUUGUAUUUCAUUAAUUGAGAUGAGUGGUAUUGUAUUGUAACAGGUAUUGGAACAAUGGAAUGACAAUUUUGAAUGAUUUCUGCAUCAGGAGCUGAUUUUCUUUAAAAUAAAUGUGUGUGGGUGUGUGUGUGUGUGUGUGUGUGUGUGUGUGUGUGUGUGUGUGUGUGUGUGUGUGUGUGUGUGUGUGUGUGUGCACCCUUUAUUUUAUCUGAAGACACUCAGAUCUGCUACACCCAUUAAAUUAUUGUGUUAUUCUUCCUCCUUAUGAGGAUGUUCAAAAUGCAGAAUUGUUUUGUCAUUGCAGAGUGACUUGAGCCAUUGAUUUGUUUGAUUUUCAGGAUCUCUGUUUAAUUACUGUCAGUAUGCACUGAACUGCUGAGACGUGACUGACAGCUCCUCCUUUAUCUUUGUAGGCCACUAAACCAGAUUAUUACCUUCAACUUUAGUGUUCUGACGGACAGGAGAGAGCAUGGGCAUAAUCUUUUAUAGGUGCAGAAUUACUUUAUCUUCUCUUAGAGAAUCUGUACAUAGUGAAUUCUGGACUGCAGGUCCGCAGCACUUAGAACUUUAGAAAUGGUAACUAUAUUUGCACUUAACAUUACAGCACCUGAUUGUCAGACCCCAUGCUUUUUAUUAAGAGCAUUUGCCAGCAUUUCCCCUGUGGAGAACCAGUGGUGUGUUUUUUGACAUUUUUCUCCCACCCAAACAAUAUUGUGCAGCUGCAUCAGUGCAAUGUCACUUACGUUUUUGUUUUCAUCAUUCCUUUCAUUUGGUCUACCAGCAGUCAUUUGCAUUUUAGCCCCGUGAUCUUUUUCAGGUCAGUUUAUUUAAUGAUUGUUGAAAUGUCAAAGAUUGUCAUGUAUGGUUGUCCAUUAUAAACUAGUGUAUGUUAUCCUUUUCUUUAUAUGUCAUAUCCCACUUAAAUGUAUGGAAAAAAUGUCUUUGUACCGUUCAAGUCAGUGAAAUUUGAUAGUUGUUUAGCAUCCUAAACAAAAGGGUUAAUUUUUUAAUCAUUUUACAAAGCACUUGAAUUUUAAUUAUUCAUUACCUAUAGGUGCUGAUUAGUGAUGGUUGUAACCUUCACUUAUAGGUUUUGAUUACAGAUGGUUAUAAUCAAAAUUGCACAAAAGGACGAGGGAUAGAGGAGGGGAGAGAGAGAGAGAGAUGCACUGAAAUGUAUUACUAAUGUGAGAUUUUCAAUUAUAUUGACACUGUUUUAAUAACCUGGAAGCAGUGGUGAUCUUUUGUUAGAAGAGAUUAAGACAUCAGAGGAUUGCUGCUAUAGUCUUUAAAUAUGUGUUUAGUUUGAAGAUUACAAAAAAACCCUGCCCAUUCCUGAAUCUUGUUUACUGCUGUUGUUGCGAGAUGCCUAACACAACUGAGUUAUACACUGCACUUAAGUUUGUGUUUUCAUGUUGCUGUGUGCAUAUGAACACAUAAUAAUCUUUCAAAAUAAAUUUUUUUAUUGUA